AUGAGUGAGCCAGAAAAGCAACCAAAUUUUAAUACAACCAAUUCUCAAUCAAAUUCAAGCUUAUCCCCAAAUACCAAAUCAGGAGAAAUUGACGAUGCAGAUUUGGCAGAUAUCAAACAAGGUAUAUCAGAUAUAAACGAUGAUCCAAACAUAAAAAUUCCUGAAUCAUUUCCAACACCAAGACCAAGUACUCCAGAUAAAAUAUAUACUAUAUCUCAAGACACUGAUGUUAUGGAUGUACCUGAAAUUGACAAAUUUAAUUCAUCAUUGGAAAAAACAAUUGAAGAAAAUCAAAAGUUGGAAAAACAAGAAGAGAAGGAGAAUAAUAAUUCAUCACAAUCAAAUAAUCAACAACAGUUGAAUCAAACAGAUAAUAAAUCGGUAAACACUGAUGAUGUUCAAAGAACCCAAAAUGCAGAACCACAAGCAGGCAAUGAAAUGAAUGAGAAUAAUAAAGCUGGAAAUACUGGUAAACCAAAUAAUGAAGAUGAAAAUUUGGAAUAUGAUGAGGAAGAAGAAGAUGAAAACGAAAAUAAAGCUGCGGAACAAAAAGACGAUUAUUUUGGACCACUUGAUGAAAAUGGUGGUGAAGAUAUUCAAGAUAGAGAAAACAAAGGUCACCACGCUGGUAAGUCAGAUGAUAAUAUUGAUGAUGAUCAUCAUAAUGAUAGAUUAGUUGGUGUAGCUCAAGGUGGUACUAUUCCACAAGCAAAUAGAACAUCUCAAAUGAAUCAGAUAUACGAUGACCAACAGAAUGAACUCAAAGAAGCGGAAAAUGCUAAGAAUAAUAAAUCGUUAAGCCAAGAUCGAUCAGGUGAUAAUGAGGAGGAACUAAAAAACAAUUCAGUUCCAUUGAAUAAAGAUUCAUUAACAAAACUAGAAAAGGCAAGUGCACAAGUAGCAAAAGGAGAAGACGAUGUUAAUUAUUCAAGUGAAGGUGCAUUAAACACUAAAGAUGUUGAACAGGAUUAUUAUGAAGAUUUUUUAGAUAGACAAGAAGAAAUUGAUAAAGGAAAUUUAAAAGAAGAUGAAGGUGAUGAGGAUAGACCAGAUGAAGUAGGACCAAUGAAAGCUGUUGGUGCAUUAAUUGAUGGUGAAGAACCAGAUGGACCUGCUCAUAAACGUAAUUCAACAGAAAAGAAGAAUUCUAAUCAACAAAUAAAAGAUAAUCUUGAUCAGGAUCAUGCAGAUGGUAAAAAAGUUAAUAAUAAUAAUGAAGUUGAGUUAAAUUCUAACGGACAGGAACAGUCUGAACCACAAGCUGUUGACGGUGAAGACAACAACAAGUCAACAAAUGAGGUUGGAAACUCAAAUACAGAAGACCAACAUGAUGAAAAUGAAACUGAAAAUCAAAAAGAUCAAGAUCAAGAUGAAGUCGACAAUAUUAUAGAAAUUGAUAUGCCUAAUGGAGAUGAAGAAAAGAUCGAAUUAGAUGAAAAAGAAGAAAAUCCAGAAGAAGAUAAUCAAUAUAAGAAUCUAAAAUCUAAUCCUAAUGAACAAUUUGAUGAAGACGUGGAUGAUAUUAAUACUUUAGUAGGAGAACCGGAAAAUGAAGAUGAAAAACAACAAGAACAUCAAGCAGACUCGAAAUCAAAUGGCAAGUCAACACAAAUUCCAAAAAAUAUACCACGUUCAAUUAAUAAAUUACCAAUAUAUGUAACAUAUUCAGAUUCAAAGUAUUUAUUAUUUCCAAUAGAAUCAUCAACUACAAAAGAUGUAAAAACAUUAAUACCAAAAUAUGACGAAUCAAUACAAUCAAUUUCAAUAGAAGAUUUAUUUGGAAUAUUAAGAUCAUCAUCAAAUAAUAACAAAUCAUUUAAAUUUGAUAUAGAUCAAGAAAUAAUUUUAAAUAUUCCACAAUUUAGUAAUUUAACAAUAACUGAAGAUAAUGUAUAUUGUAAAGAUUUAACUAUUGCAGAUUUUUUUGAUUUAUAUUUAAAAUUAUGUGAUUGUACAAAUUCUAAAUAUAAGGAUUCAAUACCUACUUUUUUGGAAUUUAAACUAAGUGAUCAACAGCGAUUUAUUACAAAUUAUAAUAAUUUGGUUGAACAAAAUGAUGGAUUUGAACAAUUGGAACCACCUACUAAAAAAAGAAGAGUUGAAUAA